AUGACCUCUCUGAUGGAGCUGAUGGUCCCCGUCCGUAUUCCCGUUUAUUGCAUUGACUCUGAUGAUCUCAAGCUGCACCAAAGCUACCUAGGCAUUAACAACUCUCCUUCGCGCCCAAGACCGCACAGCCAGAGUGCUACCCUCUUCUCCCGGAGAUGCGCGCGCCUCGUGCUUUUUAAUAGCAUGAAGGCCGUCCUGCCGGGUAACCCGCGCUCGAGGCUCCAAGGGUUGGCCUCGGGAUAUUGGGAUUCCCGACACAUCAACGUGUACAUCACCGGCGGCGCUUUUACUAUCCUCGAGGGAUCCAGUGGGAUUCUACAAACAGUUUACGAUGAUGGCGAACAGCCCCUCGAGGCCAUCGCCUUUGACGAAGCCACAGGCAAGAUCGCUACAUGCACAUCGAGCGAAGUCCGAGUCUACAAGCCAUUUGGGUCGCGCGAGGAUGCCCUGAAGUGGGCCCUAGAGUCGACCUUUGACAUUCCGAAUCCGAACGCCGAUGACGCCCCAUGCACUCUGUCCUGGGGCAGCUCUGAGGAGCUCCUGGUGGCUACGAGCUCCCUCUCCCUAUACGCCACGAAAAGCGAGCCGAAAUGCCUAUGGCAGAAGAAGCUACCGAGCCCCGUCAAGUACGCGUUGCUGUCAUACGACUCUGCAUACAUUGCCUCGACCGGCUACCACGAUCACUUGGUCAAGAUCUGCCGCAGACUGAACUACGGCGCCGACGAAGUACGAUUCGACCUUACGUACCUGCGACACCCAAACAUUGUAACCUCUGUGAGGUGGCGCAAGCCGUUCCACCUGGAGCAAGCUGUCGACAAUGUCCUCUACACUAUCUGCCUCGACAAAUGCAUUCGGAUAUGGACACCGACCGAGACACCGGAUGGGAAACAUUGGCAGCUUUGGGGUCAGGUUGACGUUUGCGCGCCGUCGCGAGAGGACCCGUACCCCCUGGACAUGCGCUUUGCCAUGAUUCUUGAUGGGCGGGACUUCACGGCGUCGGUUGAGCAAGCUGUGCAGGCUCGCAUGUCUGACGACUCGACCACCGAUGACCCGGUUGCGCUCGAUCACCUGGUCGCGAUCGCUAACAAGAACCCCGAGAUUUGUAUAGCUCUUGAUGGAAGAGGGACCAUGUCUGCGUGGGCGCUUGAAAACGUUGGCAGUAACACUGCAAACGCCCCGACUCUAUUCAAGGUUGCUCAGGUCAAGGACUCAGAUUUUGAGCUCUUUGGCAAGUUUCUGCCGUCUCAAGACACGCCCCAUACCGAAAUACAGACAUACUGCGACAAGACGACCGGCAAGGUUCACUUCCUGCUACAUGCGUUUGAUGGGAGGAUCGGCGUCUUUACAGGAAAUGUCGCAGACCUGCUGGAUCCAACUACCAAUGACCGGCGCCUCUCGCUACACUCGAUCUGGGCUGGCCACUCAACCUCUAUCACCAAGAUUGUCCGAAAUUUCAGCGGAAGGGCUGUCGUCUCACGGACACGAGAGAGUGAAAGCAUAGUGUGGAAGCAUCUUCUCAACCGAGACGAGAACCCGGGCCUGAGCUUGACCCGAGGGAGCGUUAUCCCAGAAAAGGGGCACAUUCACCGGAUAUGUGUUCUGAGAAAGGGGCGCUUUGUCGUAUUCCUCGGCCAUCAAACGGUUGCACUCUGGGAUUGCAGGGCUAGCCGAGCCAUUCCACUUGCGCAAUGUCCUUAUGAGGUAUCUGGAAAGCCACUCUGCCUCAUUAUCCUUCCUCGGUCAGAUGUGAAGCAGUACACUGUUGCGCACAUUGCGACAGUGACGUCUGAAGGUCAGGGUAUUGUGUGGGAAGUCCAUCUCCCGUCAUAUUUUGAAGACCCAAAAACCAAGGCUGGCGCCAGUAUCAAAGAGUUCUGCCGUUUCGAGCUGGGAGAUGUGGAAGAUUUGUCAUACGUCCUCCCAGUAGAUCCCGCAGGCUCGUCGCCCGUUGUCUCGGGCUUUCUCGAUAUCUUCGCUCGGGAUGUCGCUAUCUCAUAUACUCGCACCGGUCGGGUUGACUUCUGGACAGCACGGGUCGACCCCGAAAAGCGCAGUGUCGGAUGGCUGUCCACUUGCACCACUGAGACCGGGGUAUCUGAACCUGCCCUGGUUAGCGGAAGUACCUUAAAGAAGGCAUCUCUUGUGAACAAGGCGAGGUCUCAACUAACAAUUUGGGAUAUCGGUAGUUCUCGCCUGGAAUAUGAAAACAAUUUCGAAGAGCAUCAGGUCAUUCAAGAUCUGGACUGGACAUCAACACCCGACGCCCAGUCCAUCUUGGCCGUUGGGUUCCCCUAUCGAGUCAUUCUCAUGUCCCAGAUGCGAUUCGACUACCUUAACAAAGGUCCAGCUUGGGCGCAGAUCCGGGAGAUUAGCAUCCGUGAACUCACUCCACACCCGAUCGGUGACUCAACUUGGCUGGGCGACGGCUUCUUGGUCAUUGGUGCUGGAAACCAGAUGUUUGUACAGGAUAGGCGUGUUGGUGUCUCUGAGUCUCUCAGGUCUGACCUUCGUUUGCCACCACGCAAGGAUGGUACAUUGGAUCUGUUCCAAGUGGUUCAACGAUUCAAUGGUCCUCUGCCAGUAUUCCACCCCCAGUUCCUCAGUCAAUGCAUCCUGUCUGGCAAGACCACACUUGUGCGGCGCAUCUUGGUGGCCAUGCACAAGAUUCUGAAGUAUUACCUUGACGGAGAGACACUGGAUGACUACUUGGGCAUGGAUUUGAGCGAGUUCUACACACCCGAGCAAACUCAUACCCAGGCUGUCGAUAAGUCUGCAGGCGCGUAUCUCAAUGGGAAUAACGGUGACGAAGACGACGAUGGCGAUGUCUUCACUGAGCAGACGGCAGUGGCAAUCAACGAGAAGCUGGUUAAGAUUGGUGUUCCACAACUCUCUGGUCAUGAACAAAUUCAGCUUGCCGAUAUCAUCGAGUGUGUUGCUCUUGUCGAGAGGCAUCGUCGCUCGAUGGACGAGAAUGGCGCCCGUUUCAUGCUCUUCUUCCGUCAGCAUGCACUGCGAAAAGGACGGACCAACGAGAUGCACCUUUCCUGGCGAGAGAUCAACUGGGCUUUCCAUUCAAACAGUCAGGAUAUUCUGGCCGACUUUGUUUCGAGACAGAGUCAUGGCAGCAUGCUUUGGGAGCAUGCUCGUGAGAGCGGUCUCUUCAUGUGGCUGUGUGAUCCUAUCGCCUUGAAAGCUCAGUUCGAGCUGAUUGCUCGGAAUGAAUACACGAAGAACGAAGUGAAGAACCCGAUCGACUGCAGUCUGUACUACCUUGCCCUUCGCAAGAAAACAGUGCUUCAGGGCCUAUGGCGAAUGGCAAGCUGGAACAAGGAACAGGCGGCGACUCAGAAAUUGUUGUCGAACAACUUUGAAGACCCCAAGUGGAGGACGACAGCUCUGAAGAACGCGUAUGCGUUGCUCAGUAGACGGCGCUUCGAAUAUGCUGCAGCAUUCUUCCUGCUGGCUGACCACCUUCAUGAUGCUGUGGAAGUGUGCUUGAAUCAGCUCAAAGAUAUGCAACUGGCUAUUGCGAUAGCGCGUGUGUAUGAGGGCGAUGACGGCCCAGUCUUGCGGCGUCUGCUUCAAGAUGUUGUGCUUCCCUUGGCAGCUCAGGAGGGCAAUCGCUGGCUUGCAUCUUGGGCAUUCUGGAUGCUUGGCCGCAAGGACAUGGCCGUGCGAGCACUCAUCACACCUGUCUAUACCCUUCUGGAAACACCUUGUUCGCCCGAUAUCAAAUCGAGGUUAUUCCUUACCGACGACCCUGCGCUAGUGGUGCUCUACUCGCACUUGCGACACCAGACGUUGCAGACAUUGAGGGGAGCCUCCAAGGUCACCCCCAAAGUCGAGUGGGAGUUUGUGUUGCAUAGCGCCAAGCUGUAUGAUCGAAUGGGAUGUGAUCUCCUUGGAUUGGAUCUAGUACGAAACUGGGAGUUCCAACAAUCGCCUCCUGCUGCUGGCCUCGGCGGAGAGGUCAACCCGCUCAAGCUGUUGCGCCGGAGGAGUUCGCUUGUUGUUGCCGACCUGCCAUCGCCUACUCUUCACUUUGAGGGAAAGAAGGCCGUCAAGCCGCCACCGACAACGUUCGAGGAGCCGGAUGUAAACUCUCUGUUGGAUAGUUUUGGAUUCUGA